AUGGAAAGGCUCUCACAUCUCAUCCAAUAUAAAAUCGAAGCAAGAAGAUGGAAGCCAGUUAAAAUCAGUAAAUCUGGUCCCCCAAUUUCUCAUGUUUUCUUCGCUGAUGAUCUUGUCUUGUUUUCUGAUGCUUCUGUUAAACAGGUGGAGGUUGUUGUUGAAACUCUCAAGGAGUUCAAUCUCUGGUCUGGGCAAUCAGUGAGUUUAGCCAAGUCUAAAAUUUGUGCCUCAAAUAAUAUCAGAAAGUCAGAGGCAUUUGAGCUGUCAAGAAGAGCCAAAAUCCCAUUAACAGAGGACUUGGGGAAGUACUUGUGUGUUCCCCUCAUCCAUAGCAGGGUAACCAAAAAGACCUACUGGAGUUUGGUAGAGAAAGUACAAGAAAAACUUGCGAACUGGAAUAUUAAUACUCUUUUGCUUACUAGAAGGACUGUACUCAUUAAAUCUGCCGCAGCACCGGUGCUUAUUUACACAAUGCAAACCAGCGAGCUCCCCUCAGGCGUGUGUGAUGAGAUUGACAAAUGUUGCAGGGCCCUUUUAUGGGGAAGCAUUGCUGAUAAAAGGAAG